AUGGCCCCCCCGAAUAACCCCAACGGCGUCCUGCCAGUCACACUUCUCCAGAAGAACGCCCCAGCCCAGUCGCCUCGUGGGCCCAAAGCAGCCCAACCCCGCCUGAAGCUGAUAUGUCGGCGACUUCCUCCUGGCCUCACCAAGACCGAGUUCAUAGAGGCUUUAGGCGACGAGUGGAAGCUUGGUGCUGGCAAGAUCGAUUGGAUGAAUUACAGAAAGGGCAAGAUUUCUACUGAACGGCCUAUUGACCCCCUCAGUGCCGCCAAACCCUCCAAGCCAGCGCGCGCAUACGUCCACGUUACCAAGCAGGACCAUGUCAAGGCGCUCGGUGACCACGUGCGCGCAAUCACCUUCCACGAUGCCACCAAGUCAUGGCAGGACCCCGCCCUCGUCGGUCCGCCUACGCUCGAAUACGCUCCCUACCCGAAGAUGCCUGGUGGCCGCCGCAGGAACGAUAACCGCCAGGGCACCAUCGAUCAGGAUCAGGAAUUCAAGGACUUCCUCGAGAGCCUCACCAACCCCAUCACCAAGCCCCCCGCCGCCGAGAAUGAAGGUCAGAAGGAGAAGGUCAAGACCACUCCUCUGAUCGAAGCGCUCCGGGAAAAGAAGGCUAACAGGGAGAAGCCGAGCGCAAAGGCCAAUCGAGGUCGUGGAGAGGGCAAGGAUGAUGGUGAGAAGAAGAUACUCGCCAAGCCAGGCAAGGAGAACGCCCUUAACUCUGGAGAUAAGAACCGCCGCAUAAGCAAGGCUGACAAGGCGCAAGCCUCCAAGGAGGCUGUCAAGAUCCUUAACAAGGAAGCGUCAUCCUCCAAAUCAUCUGCCUCAGCCUCGGCGGACAAGGCCUCUGCCAGCCCAGCACCGGAGCGCAAGCGUGGUAACGUCGCACUCGCAAAGUCGAUGCUGCAGCGUGACCUCGGCGUAGGACCUGCCCCAACUCGUCGACGGGGAACGAAGCGCGAGGUUGGUACGCCUGCGCCCGAGUCCAAUGCACAAGCAAAGGAGACCAAGGCAGUCGAGGAAAAGGCCAAAGAGUCGCCUGCUUCACAACCUGCAGCUUCGACUCCGGACAAGAAUGCGCAAGCAAGCAGGAAGGAGCGCCCAACUCGAGCAGAACGCCGCGCUUUCAAGGCCAAUCAGGGUGACAAGCCCAACGACAAGGCUACCGCCAGCGAUGUAAAGCCCCAGACGCCGCUGAAGACUCCUGCGCCGCAAAUUUUGAAGAAGCCUCAGGCUCAUACUCCGACGGCUCCCAAAGGUCCAGCUGCCUCACGAGCUCCACCCACCGAGCCUGCCGCAGCCAGAAACAGCCCCGCUCCUACACAGUCGCAUUCUACUCCAGCAAAGGCCGAUGCGGGACCCGCCCAGGCGCACAACAAUACCCCUAAAGCAGCACCAGCUCAACCCGUGCCCGCACCCACAAGCAAGCAAGCGUUCCUCAAGCAUGCCAAUCCCAGCCAGGGUAUUACCGAGCCCCUCAUCGAGGAAGUCAUGAAGACCUUUGGAGGUAUUGACAAAGUCGAGAUUGACAAGCGUAAGGGCUUCGCCUAUGUCGACUUUGCCGAGCCGGAUGGUCUCAAGAAAGCCAUGGCCGCCAGCCCCAUCAAGAUCGCCCAAGGCGCUGUUCAGGUUCUUGAACGGAAAGAAAAGGUCGCCAGAGCUCCUCGCUUCAACGGUCCACCGACCGGGCCUGCUCGUGGCGGCGCUCGUGGCAACUUUGCACCUCGUGGAGGACGUGGUGGUCGUGGAGGUGCUAGAGGCGGCGCACAUGCUGGUCCUGUUCCCGCUGCGGGUGCUGGCGAUGCUGCCUCGACUGCCCCAGCUGCCGUUGCUCCCGCUCCUGCACCUGUCGCCAAUACCAACACCGCUACGUGA